UCUGUAUAUGGGAUAUUAGUGUUUCAAUGUGGUAUUAUUUUUUUGAAGUCGUCAAAUUCGUGAAAAAUGGCUGGUGCGCUGGCUAGAGUUAUUCAGGGUUCAAAAACGCAAUUGGGCAUUAUUGGCCCAUUGGCGAACUUGAACAAUGUUCCGGUGCGGUAUCAACAGACUCAGGCUCCUCCAGCCAAGGCGAAGUAUGGCCCUCUUGCCGACGCCGACAGAAUAUUCACCAAUUUGUAUGGACGACAUGAGUGGAGGCUCAAGGGCGCCUUGGCCCGAGGGGAUUGGUAUAAAACUAAGGAAAUCCUUCUGAAAGGAACGGACUGGAUCGUCAAUGAAAUGAAAACGUCAGGCCUUCGUGGUCGCGGAGGUGCUGGUUUCCCCACUGGCAUGAAGUGGUCAUUCAUGAACAAGCCUUCCGAUGGCCGUCCAAAAUACCUGGUAGUGAAUGCUGAUGAAGGAGAGCCUGGCACUUGCAAAGACAGGGAGAUCAUGCGCCACGACCCGCACAAGCUUGUGGAGGGGUGUCUGAUCGCCGGCAGGGCUAUGGGCGCUCAAGCAGCCUACAUUUAUAUCAGAGGAGAGUUCUACAAUGAAGCCAGUAAUCUGCAGGUGGCCAUUGCUGAGGCAUACCAAGCUGGCCUGAUCGGUAAGAACGCGUGCGGUUCCGGCUACGAUUUCGACGUGUUCGUACACCGCGGCGCAGGCGCAUACAUCUGCGGCGAGGAGACCGCCCUCAUCGAGUCCAUCGAAGGGAAACAGGGCAAGCCGCGCCUCAAGCCUCCAUUCCCCGCUGACGUCGGCCUGUUCGGUUGUCCCACUACGGUCAACAAUGUAGAGACCAUUGCUGUUGCGCCGACCAUCUGUCGUCGCGGCGGCAAAUGGUUCUCGUCGUUCGGCCGCACGCGUAACUCCGGCACCAAGCUGUUUAACAUCUCCGGCCACGUGAACACUCCCUGCACCGUCGAGGAGGAAAUGAGCAUUCCCCUCAAGGAGUUGAUCGAGCGACACGCUGGAGGCGUCACCGGUGGCUGGGAUAAUCUGCUUGCCAUUAUACCUGGAGGCUCGUCCACGCCACUUAUACCUAAGGACGUGUGCGAGACUGUGCUGAUGGACUUCGACGGUCUAGUCGCGGCGCAGACGUCGCUAGGCACGGCGGCCAUCAUCGUGAUGGACAAGUCGACGGACAUAGUGAAGGCGAUCGCGCGCCUCAUCAUGUUCUACAAGCACGAGUCGUGCGGACAGUGCACGCCGUGCCGCGAGGGCGUGUCCUGGAUGAACAAGAUUAUAUACCGAUUCGUCGAUGGUAACGCGUCGCCGAAGGAAAUCGACAUGCUUUGGGAAAUCUCCAAACAAAUUGAAGGCCACACGAUCUGCGCGCUGGGUGACGGCGCGGCGUGGCCCGUGCAGGGACUCAUCCGUCACUUCCGGCCCGAGCUGGAGCGCCGCAUGCAGGAGUACGCCGCCGCACACGGACCCAGCAAGGCCGAGAGACUGUACUAGAUCAUACUUGUGUUCCAAUCCAUACAUUCGUUAUGAAUCAUGUACGAACGAAUGGGAUUGAAAAUAAUUUGCUUCUCCCUCUGAUAUGACAGGCCACCACAGCAAAAAAUAUUAAGAUUGUUGAUAAAUUAUUACUGUUGAUGUGUGAUAUUUUUAUGUCGACAGUACUACGGACAGCAAUAUAAGUCCCCAUAUCGAAUUAUUUAAUAAUACCGUAACUGCAUUUUCAAUGCCAUUCUUUAUACACGGGUUAGACGAUGUAAACCUCAUAAAGUAGAAAUUGCAUAAGGAAAACGAAAUGGAUUGUCAUGAAAGAUGCAUUACACUUUAUUACCAGAACAAAUGUUUAUUAUUCGACAGUAAUUUACUGUUGUUUGAAAAUAGAUGUUACAAAACAUGUUGCAAUAUUGUAACAACGACGUAAAAUGCGCGGGAAUGUAAAGCUUAUUUAGUCUGUGAUCGUGUAUUGACGUACAUUCCCGUCGGUUAAAGGAAUUUAUUGCUGUAAUUUAUUGAUCUUUUAUUAUUUUCAGUGAUAGUUUCAGUUAAAACCACGUUAUAAUAAAACAGUUUUUUGGUAUCUUUAUUUGGCUCAAAACCUCAAUAACUAUUCCAUUUAUUUACUGUAGCAACACUUAACUCAGUUUUUAUUGUUGGCUACACAAUUCUGGCAUAAGUUCUAUGUAUGGGUGAACACCUUAGUUAAUUUUGUAUAAUAUUGUAAUUAGAAAUAAAACAUCUGAGAUUUAA